UUUCUAAAUGAAUAGGGGGAUAUUUUCGGGUUGUAUGUAGCAAAUUCUUGGGUUUGCUCGGUUUAUAGGUGGAUGAUUUUUUUGAGUUGUACGUAGCAAAUUUCUAACUAAACCAGAGACAGAAGCACAUCCAUAAGAGUGUUCGAAUGGAGAAAGGGAAAGGAGUGGCGAUGGGUCGAAAAUGGGCCGUCGAUUUCACAGACAACUCAACGGCUUCUUCCUCUCGCGACAUCCCUGAUCCACCUGGUUUCUCUCGCACUUCCGCCGAUCAGGACGAUUCAACAGUUAGUCGCCAAAAGAAGGACGCUGAAGCUAAUUGGAAAUCUCAGAAAGCUUGGGAAGUGGCGCAAGCCCCUUUCAAGAAUUUGCUCAUGAUGGGUUUCAUGAUGUGGAUGGCUGGAAGUACAGUGCAUUUGUUCAGCAUUGGUAUCACAUUUUCAGCUCUUUGGCAACCUUUAAGUGCUCUUCAAGGAGUAGGGAAAGUUUUUGCACCUUACAAGGACAGUAAAGUAGACCUUCUUGCGCCCAAGCUACUGUUCAUCGCCCUUAAUUUGGGGGGCUUAGCACUUGGUGUAUGGAAGCUUAAUACGUUGGGUCUUCUUCCAACCCAUGCGUCAGACUGGGUUUCAUCCUUACCUCCUGCUCAGGAAGUUGAGUAUUCAGGUGGGGGUGUGCCUUUGCGUUAAAGGAUUUCUCAGCUCAACCGUCAGAGGAGGUAAUGGAACGUCAAAAUAAUUGAAUUAUUUAACCAGAACGAAAGCUUCACUAGGUGGUUGGAGCUGACGACUCCAACGUGCGCAUGACACGGCAUGGUUUGAUCAUUAUGAGUUCAGAAACAGUAGACCUGUGAUAAUAUUUACAUGUAAUAGCUUGUAGCAGCUUCCAAUUGCCUGUGGUUUAUUGUUUAUUUUAUGUGUUUAUACUUCUUAAUCAACAAUUCUUGGAGACAAGGUAAUUCUGUUGUUUAAACCAACUUGAACUA